GGUGGGAUGGCCGGGUGCUGGGGGCGGAGCGGCCCGCCCCUGGGAGCACCGCCUGGGAGCGCGCCACCGCGAGCAGAUGUCGCGUCCAGCUGUGGCCGGGGCCCUGCCCCUGUCCCUUCCCCGCAGAUUCCUGACCCCUCUCCCGCCCGGGCUGCCGCGCUCUGGGAGCAGCGCCGCCCCCCUCCUCCCCAGGGGCGGCGGUUACCGCGGCGGGAGCGGCGGCGGGAGAGGGGGAGAGGAGAGGAGGGGGCCGAGCUGACGCUGCGCCGGGCUCAGCAACAACUUGUUAGGGUGCAACUUGUGAGGGUGCUUGGUCUCAAGCCCGCUGGAGCCCAGGGAGUCCCGCAGAGCGUCAAGAUGCCCUCCACCCCAGGCACCUGCAUCGAGGAUUUUAAGGUUGGAAAUCUGCUCGGUAAAGGAUCAUUUGCGGGCGUCUACAGAGCUGAGUCCAUUCACACUGGUUUGGAAGUUGCAAUCAAAAUGAUAGAUAAAAAAGCUAUGUACAAAGCUGGGAUGGUGCAGCGAGUCCAAAAUGAGGUGAAAAUACAUUGCCAGUUGAAACACCCUUCCAUUUUGGAGCUUUAUAAUUAUUUUGAAGAUAACAAUUAUGUGUAUCUGGUAUUAGAAAUGUGCCACAAUGGAGAAAUGAACAGGUACCUAAAAAAUAGAAUGAAACCUUUCUCAGAAAGUGAAGCUCGUCACUUCAUGCACCAGAUCAUCACAGGACUGUUGUAUCUUCAUUCUCAUGGCAUAUUACACCGGGACCUCACACUCUCUAACAUCUUACUUACUCGUAAUAUGAAUAUAAAAAUUGCAGAUUUUGGACUGGCAACACAAUUGAAAAUGCCACAUGAAAAGCACUAUACACUUUGUGGGACUCCUAAUUACAUAUCACCAGAAAUUGCAACUAGAAGUCCACAUGGACUUGAAUCUGAUAUUUGGUCAUUAGGAUGUAUGUUUUAUACAUUACUGAUUGGUAGACCACCUUUUGAUACCGAUACAGUCAAGAACACAUUGAAUAAAGUAGUAUUGGCAGAUUAUGAAAUGCCAGCUUUUUUGUCAAGAGAGGCCAAGGACCUUAUUCACCAGUUACUUCGUAGAAAUCCCGCAGAUCGGUUAAGUCUGUCUUCAGUGUUGGACCAUCCUUUUAUGUCCCAAAAUCUUUCAGCAAAAAGUAAAGACUUAGGGACUGUAGAAGACUCAAUGGAUAGUGGACAUGCCACAAUUUCCACAAUUACAGCUUCUUCCAGUACCAGUGUAAGUGGUAGUUUACUUGACAGAAGAAGACUUGUGAUUAGUCAACCACUUCCAAAUAAAAUGACUGUUUUUCAAAAAAAAAAUUCAAGUGACUUUUCUUCUGGAGAUGGAAGCAGUUUUUGUACUCAGUGGGGAACCCAAGAACAAGAAACCAGUAAUAGUGGCAGAGGAAGAGUAAUCGAAGAUGCAGAAGAAAGGCCACAUUCUCGAUACCUGCGUAGAGCUCAUUCCUCAGACCGAUCCAGCAAUUCUACUCAGUCUCGGGCAAAAACUUACUCAAUGGGAAGAUGCCACUCAGUAGAGAUGCUUUCAAAGCCCAGAAGAUCACUAGAUGAAAACGAAGAGCAGUACUCACCUACCAACAAUAAUGUCAAUGUUUUUAACUUCUUUCAAGACAAAAUAGCCAGUAGUUGUGGAUCUUUUGAAAGACCUGAUAAGGACCAAACAGGUUCCAACCGUCAUUGUCCAGGAAAAGCUUUGCCAUUUUCAGACCAGACACCUCAAAUGGACAUGGUACAACAGUGGUUUGGGAAUCUGCAAAUAAAAGCUCAUUUAGGACAAACUACUCAGCAUAACACGAUUAGCCCAAACAAGGACUUCCAGGGCUAUCCAGAUUUGCAGGACCCAUUAAGAAAUGCUUGGACUGAUACAAGAGCCAGCAAGAACUCUGACCCAUCUGAUAAUGUACAUUCUGUAAAGCAGCUGAAUACCAUGAAGUACAUGACCGGACAUCACAGUAAACCUGAAAUCAUGCAUCAAGAACCCAUUGUGGGCUUGCAUCCCCAUUCUGAACCAGUCAAGACUAGGAAUAUGGAGUCAUCAUUGGGUUACCAGAAACAGAGCUUACGAAGCAUUACUUCUCCUUUGAUUGCUCACAGAUUAAAACCAAUCAGACAGAAAACCAAAAAGGCUGUGGUGAGCAUCCUUGAUUCAGAGGAGGUAUGUGUGGAGCUUCUGAAAGAGUAUACAUCUGAAGAGUAUGUGAAAGAAGUUCUUCAGAUAUCUAGUGAUGGGACUAUGAUCACUGUUUAUUAUCCAAAUGAUGGAAGAGGCUUUCCUCUUGCUGACAGACCACCCUCACCUACUGACAACAUCAGUAGGUACAGCUUUGACAGUUUACCAGAAAAAUACUGGCGAAAAUACCAGUAUGCUUCCAGAUUUAUACAGCUUGUGAGAUCUAAAACUCCCAAAAUCACGUACUUUACAAGAUAUGCUAAAUGUAUUUUGAUGGAGAAUUCUCCUGGUGCUGAUUUUGAGGUUUGGUUUUAUGAUGGGGCCAAAAUACACAAAACAGAAGAUUUAAUUCAAGUGAUAGAAAAGACUGGGAAAUCUUACACUUUAAAAAAUGAAAAUGAAGUUACUAGCUUAAAAGAAGAAAUGAAAAUAUAUGUGGACCAAGCUAAUGAGGGUCAUCGUAUUUGUUUAGCGCUGGAAUCUGUUAUCUCAGAAGAGGAAAAGAAAAGUAGGAGUUCUUCGUUUUUCCCAAUUAUAGUAGGAAGAAAACCUGGCAAUACUAGUUCACCUAAAGCCUUAUCACUACCUCCCAUGGACCCAAGCUACUCACAGAGAGACCAACCAUCAUCGAAUAGAUUGAUGGCAAACAGUGUGGCUUUUUCAACACAGGCACCAAUACUCAAUCCUAAUACUACAACUGAAGGACUUGGCCAUACAACUACAGCCCCAGGAGCUAGCUUCUCCUCUCCAAGUCUUCCUAAGUCUGCACAGCUUUUGAAAUCUGUUUUUGUGAAAAAUGUUGGUUGGGCUACACAGCUAACUAGUGGAGCUGUGUGGGUUCAGUUUAAUGAUGGUUCACAAUUGGUCGUACAAGCAGGAGUAUCUUCUAUCAGUUAUACAUCACCAAAUGGUCAAACUACUAGGUAUGGAGAAAAUGAAAAAUUACCAGAGUACAUCAAGCAGAAAUUACAGUGUCUUUCUUCCAUCCUUCUGAUGUUUUCUAAUCCAACUCCUAGUUUUCAUUAAUUAAAGCUUUCAGAUAUCUGCAUUUAAUAAAUAACUUUUUGGUUGGCUUUCAAGUAAAGUGAUUUUUUUUUUUAAAUUUACUAUAACUUCAGAAAGCCUUUGUAUUAAGCAGAAUUUUAAUCUAUUCUGUAAGAAUAGAAUAUAUGCUGAGAACAAAAUAGAAUGAAAUUUUCGUUCCCAAAUA